GCCUUCUUUUGCUCCAAUUCCACCAUGGCAGGCUCGAUUUCUCGUUCAGGAUGUGUGCUGGCAUCGUCGACGUUGCAGUCGAUCCCCCGAGCGAGCAGGCCAUCAUCGCGAUGCGUUCGGACUUUCGCCACCACCAUAGAUUCCACUCCAAACCCGCAAGCCUCGAAACCAGCACGACCGUCAACAAAGUUUCAGGACAAGUUGAACGCCGGGCCUUCAUUUUCUGACUUCGUAUCGCCGGAUGAGCCACUGGCAGCCUCGGAAGCAUACGAAAUUCGCACCGCCCAAGUCGGACCUGAGGGCAAGAAGAAAACCAUCACAAGAUUGCCCGAGUGGCUGAAGACGCCGAUACCGGUAAACCAGAACUUCAAGAAGAUCAAGAACGACUUGCGGGGCCUCAAUCUGCACACAGUCUGCGAAGAGGCACGAUGUCCGAACAUUUCGGAUUGCUGGGGCGGUAGCUCUAAGAGUGCGGCAACAGCGACCAUCAUGCUUAUGGGCGACACAUGCACCAGAGGAUGCCGAUUUUGCUCCGUGAAGACAUCGAGGAAGCCCCCGCCACUAGAUCCACACGAGCCGGAGAACACAGCAGAAGCAUUGAAGAGAUGGGGUCUUGGUUAUGUUGUGCUUACAUCUGUUGACCGCGAUGACCUUGCAGACGGCGGUGCACAUCAUUUCGCGGAGACAAUCAUGAAAAUCAAGCAGAAGGCACCUACUAUGCUUGUAGAGGCAUUGACGGGAGACUACGCGGGCGACUUGGAGAUGGUGAAGUUGGUGGCAACGAGUGGACUGGAUGUGUAUGCGCACAACAUCGAGACGGUGGAGGAGCUCACACCUUUCGUUCGAGAUCGCAGGGCCAAAUUCCGACAGAGUUUGGAAGUCCUCCGCACGGCCAAGGAAGCCAAUCCCGACGUCAUUACUAAGACCAGCGUGAUGUUGGGUUUGGGAGAGACUGAUGAGCAGAUCUAUCAUGCUAUGCGAGAAUUGAGAAAGAACAAUGUAGAUGUCGUCACAUUCGGGCAAUACAUGCGUCCAACAAAGCGACACAUGGCAGUUGAGAAAUACGUCACCCCUGAUGCGUUCGAGAUGUGGCGCCAGCGAGCCUUGGACAUGGGCUUCCUCUACUGUGCGUCUGGACCACUCGUACGCUCCAGUUACAAGGCCGGAGAGGCCUUCAUUGAGAAUGUCCUGAAGAAGAGGGCAGCCAAAAGAAACGAGGUGGUAGGGGCACAUGCUGUCGAGGAAACCAAGACGCUAUAGCGGAACGUCCUAAUUGCGUUCAUCGAACGUAGAUCAUUUAUAAUUUUUUUGGUGGCACAUUUAGUCAUGACUCUUCACGCAUGUCGAUUUUCAAGACGGCUGCUAUGUAGAUAAAAGGGCCUCAACGCCGCAUCUAUCAUGUUAAUUUAUGUAUUUGAUGAAGCU